GAUGAAUGUUUGGAUAAUAAUGGAGGAUGUCAGCAGAUCUGUGUGAACACAAUGGGCAGUUAUGAAUGUCUGUGCAAAGACGGAUUUUUCCUCAGUGACAACCAGCACACUUGUAUCCAUCGCUCUAACGAAGGCAUGAAUUGUAUGAACAAAGACCAUGGCUGUGCUCAUAUCUGCCGAGAGACGCCCAAGGUGGGCGUAGCAUGCGAGUGUCGGCCGGGAUUCGAACUUGCCAAAAACCAGAGGGACUGUACAUUAACCUGUAAUUACGGAAAUGGAGGCUGCCAGCACACCUGUGAUGACACGGACACGGGCCCCGUGUGCGGGUGCCACCAGAAGUAUGCCCUUCACUCAGACGGUAGAACGUGUAUUGAAAAGGAUGAGGCUGCAAUUGAGCGUUCUGAGUACAAUUCCACGUCACUUACUGAUGUGGACAAGCGGGUGAAACGGCGGCUUCUUAUGGAAACGUGUGCAGUGAAUAAUGGAGGAUGUGACCGCACUUGCAAGGAUACAGCAACAGGAGUACGUUGCAGUUGCCCUGUGGGAUUCACCCUGCAGCCGGAUCAGAAAACUUGUAAAGAUAUUGAUGAGUGUCUGGUGAACAACGGGGGCUGCGACCAUUUCUGCCGCAAUACCGUCGGGAGCUUCGAAUGCAGCUGCCAGAAGGGUUACAAGUUACUGACCGAUGAGCGCACCUGCCAAGACAUCGACGAGUGUUCGUUUGAGAGGACCUGUGACCAUAUAUGUAUCAACUACCCUGGAAGCUUCGAAUGUCUCUGCCACAAGGGCUUCACGCUGUAUGGGAUGACGCACUGUGGAGACAUUGACGAAUGCAGUGUUAAUAACGGCAGCUGUGACACAGGCUGUACCAACACCAUGGGGAGCUACGACUGCACAUGUUCCCCCGGGAAAAGGCUGCAUUGGAACAAGCGGGACUGUAUUGAGACGGCAAAAUGUGUCCUCAACAAUAAACCUGCCCCCAAAGCUCAGCUGAUCUGCAGCAAAUCGUCAGGCAUGGACAGCUGCUUCUUGUCCUGCCCGUCCAACACACUUUUCAUCCCAGAGUCUGAGAACAGCUACUCCUUGAGCUGUGGCGUGCCGGGGCAGCAAAACAAGCUGUUUACGAGACGCAACGGAACAAUACAGACGUGUGCUGAUCCUCUAGGGCUUCCAAUAACGCAGAAAGCUCGGUUCAAAAUUAAAGAUGCCAAAUGCCAUUUGCGACCGCGGAGCAGAGACAGAAUGAAGGACUCUGGGAAGCAGCCAGCAAUGGAUAAUUGUCAUGUUACAUUCGUAAAUCUGAAGUGCGACUCUUCCAAGAAAAAAAGAAGAGGACGGAAAUCACCAUCAAAGGAAGUGUCGCAUAUCACAGCAGAGUUCGAGCUGGAGGUGAAGAGGGACGAGGUUUCCGACACCUGUAACGUGGACUGCGUGCGGAAGAGGAUGGAGCAGAAACUACAGGCUGCCAUUAAGACGUUGAGGAAAUCCAUUAACAAACAACAGUUUUACAUCCAGUUCUCGGGGUCAGAGUAUGACAUUGCCCAGAAGCCAGCCAAGAGCACUGAGAACCAGGAGACGUGCGGCACGGGGCAGGUGCUGCAGGAUGGAAAAUGCGUCACCUGCGGUUUGGGCACGUAUUACAAUGGAGAGAGCAACCUGUGUGUUCCCUGCCUGCCAGGCACAUUCCAGGACACGCAGGGGCAGCUGAUCUGUGAACCUUGUCCAAGUAACGAUGGUUUGGGCAUUGCUGGGGCAAGGAAUGUGUCUGAAUGUGGAGGACAGUGUGCUCCUGGACACUACUCUGUAGAUGGGUUCAAGCCUUGCAAAGCUUGUCCAGUGGGUACUUAUCAGCCCGAGACAGGUCGCACCCUCUGCUUUCCAUGUGGAGGAGGGCUGGUGACAAAAUAUGAGAGCGCCGUGUCCUUUCAGGACUGCGAAACGAAAGUUCACUGCUCACCUGGGCAUUUCUACAACUCCACGACGCACAGGUGUAUACGGUGUCCUGUGGGGACCUAUCAGCCGGAGUUUGGGCAGAAUUACUGUGUAACAUGCCCGGGAAAUACCAGCACUGAUUUUGAUGGCUCUACAAACGUGACGCAUUGUAAAAAUCAGCACUGCGGUGGGGAAUUAGGAGAGUACACAGGUUAUAUUGAGUCUCCAAACUAUCCGGGCGAUUAUCCGGCCCACGUGGAGUGCAUCUGGAAUAUUAACCCCCCACAGAAAAGGAGAAUACUGAUCGUGGUCCCUGAGAUAUUUCUGCCGAUUGAGGAUGAGUGUGGAGACGUGCUAGUGAUGAGAAAAAGUGCAUCUCCGACCUCCAUAACCACGUAUGAGACCUGUCAGACGUAUGAGAGACCGAUAGCAUUCACAUCGCGGUCUCGCAAACUGUGGAUCCAGUUUAAGUCUAAUGAAGGGAACAGCGGGAAAGGAUUUCAAGUUCCUUAUGUGACAUAUGAUGAGGAUUACCAACAAUUAAUAGAAGAUAUUGUUCGUGAUGGGAGAUUAUACGCUUCAGAGAACCACCAAGAGAUUUUAAAAGACAAGAAGCUGAUCAAGGCUCUCUUUGACGUGUUAGCCCAUCCCCAAAAUUAUUUCAAGUACACCGCACAGGAAUCCAAAGAGAUGUUUCCAAGAUCUUUUAUCAAACUACUUCGCUCAAAAGUUUCCAGAUUUUUACGGCCUUAUAAAUAGCUUUAAAUAUAUAUUUUUUAAAUUAGUUUAUUCGUUUUUUUUUUUGUUUUUUUAUUUUUGUUUUAUAAAUAUAUAUAUAUAUUUUUUAUCCCUCUCCCUCGAAAUACUUUAUCCCUCUUCGCAGUAGGAAUUGUUCCACAUGAAAGACUGAUUUUAUAGUCUUCAUUUGUUUUUCCCAUUCAUUCGAAAGAAUUAAAGGGUUUAUUUGAAAACUGGUGUUAUGGACGCCACGCGGAGUCAUUUUAUCAAUUUUGUGUUUUUUUGGCUUCAAAAUUAGCCACAAUAAAAUCCCGACAAUUUGUACGCUUUCCUGCCAGAUCCCGCACCUUGCACCUCAAUCUAUAAAAACUGCGAUUAUCAAGUGAAAGAGAGAACUUGCUGCAUUGGACGGUGUUUUACGAAGACGAUCCACAGACAACCAGACCUCUCAAACAACUGGAUUACAGAGGAAGUGUUGGUUGCUUUGAUACUGUUUCGGAGUUGCUGUAUAGAGAAAGAUGGCUGCCAUAUUUGAUCUGUUACAUGCCAUUUCUAUUUCUGUAGCACCUGCAUAUAAAACAUACCAAGAGGAUAGGAUUGGGAUCUACAGCUUCAUUGGAACUGCUAUUAGAUUGAGCUCAUAAAAAUGGUCCUCUCUCUUAUUAAAUGGACUUUAUUUCGCAUAGCCAGAUAUUCUCACAGCAGUAAGUUGCUUGGUGGCUGCCCAACAGGCCCAACUUGGCAUGGAAAGGUUCCGUGGACUGCGAGAGAUGCUGGUGGCAGAGCAUGGACUACAGACGCCUCUUUUCCUUGCGGCUUUCUAGAACUUUUAAUGUUGAGUCGCAAAAAGUUGUUUUAAGAAACUACCUGCAAACGAGUAUUAUGGCAAGAGAACGAAGUGUGUAGUAUAAUUAAUAUUUUAAAUUGCACUUGAAUUUUGUAUGUAAUGGUUAGGGGGAUACAGAUAAACGUUUUAUUUUUUAGAUUUUUUUUAUUUGGUUUUAUGUAUAUUUUUCUUUUUUCUUUUUGUAUCUUUGGAGUCUAAUCUAAAACCAAAAAGAAUGUAAUGGCUGUAUAGCGUUUUUGUGUUCUGUUUUUUUCUAUUUUUAUUAUUUGUUCUGUGUACAGAAGAGAUCUUGUGCCCCUUGCUCUCGCGUUAUCCUCUAUGACAGGGGUAGACGACUUGUGACGAGUCAACAGAGGGAUGCUGGGACUUUUAGUUCCACAGCCACCUGACGAGCCGUAGGUUGCCUAUCCUGCUUUAAGAUGAAUUUUAUUGUGGUUAAAAGAAAAAAGAAAUCCUGAAAUGGGACCCCACUGGAAUUAGCCAAUUACAGCUCUGGACAGAUGUGUGACGUAUGAUGACUGGAUGAUGGUAGAUUUAUAAAAGCUUGGAGAGAGAUAAAGUAUUGACCAAUCAACUCUUCACUGUCAUUUUUCAAGCACGGCCUGUAACAUGACAGCCAGGAGCUGAUUGGCUGGUACUUUAUCUCUCUCCACUUUAUCUCUGUCCAAGCUUUGAUACAUUUAGCCCAAAGUAUGACGUUUAAUGGCAGGUUUGAGGUGUGUGGUGUAGGUAGUUCUAAAUUUACAGAAAGGGAAAAAUCCGCAACCUUAAUUUUACAAUGAAUAUUUACAUUCAGAAUCUCCUACAUAAUAAUGAGACAAUUUAAAUAUCACUGGCACAAGGCACCAGCUUCUGAGCAAAAUGUGAUAUACUGAAUCCUGCAAAUCAUUAGCAGUUUGUGCCCCCCCGUACCAUCCUAAUCCCCGGUGGUGUCUAGAGGGGGUUGAGGGGGGGGUUAGCUGGUACUACUUGCCCUUGGUCAAGGCUUAUCGGAGGGGCACGGGGCAGCGUUCCCCCCUCAACCACCCUCUUACCUGUCAGCCAUCCAGCAGCUGCAGCCUCUCUCCCUAACUUAGCUGCAUUGGGUCCUGGGAGACAGUUGCCACUGAGUGCAGUAUUCUCCUCUGCCUGCAGGGGGGAAUAGCGAUCCCACUGAUCGCGUGCAUCCCACUUCCACAUCCCCCGUCGAGCUUGUCACCGCUCUGCAGCAAUCAAAUGGUAUUCUUCCCCUCGCACUUUUCAAAAGGGGGUGUGGCCACACCUCCAUGAUUAGGCCACGCCCCCAACUUUGCCUGGCCAAUCUAGACCCUGCUAAUCCCUACCACCGUGCUCCCAGCCACUGACUGUGCACAUCUGUCCGUCACGCCGUCAGUCUGGUUGUGUUAUUCUAAAAGUUUUAAUUCAUGAGGAGAAAACUCUGCAACCUAUUUUUAGGUAUGUCAUUGGGUUUACUUCUGUACAAAAAUGUAUUUGUACAUGAAACAUUUACUUGUACAUCAUGUUGGCUCUCAUUCCCACUACACUCUGACCAUGGUGUUACGUGUUACAGUAUUUGAACGCCGCCACGUUAUGAAAUGGUUAAACGCAGAAAUGGCUGGGACCUGCUGAGUUAUGGGCCUCAUUCAGAAAUGGACGCAAUAGCACGGCCGCUGCGACUUUGUAUGCGGCGGCUGCGAGAUAAUAUGCAUAUGCCGCUCACUGGCCUCGGCACGCCCAGAAAUUUGGGGCGACAUGCUCCGUUAAAUGAAACACUAUGCAUCACGGCCACUUCCUGCCCCCGAACGGCGCUGCGGAUAAGGGGGCGCUGCAAUCCUCAUUGCUGCAGAGAUCUCACCAUGUGCAGUACCAUUCUCAAAACAUUGAUGACGUACACAGAUCGUCGUUUGCAUACUGUACUUCCUUUGAUGUAAGUUUUUCUUGUUGAUUUUAUCAAUGACUGACUCCAUGCUAUAAUGAUGGUUCUUGAUUGAAAUCAUCAUACUGUAGACAGAUUAUUAAAUUAAAGCCCGAUUGUUGCAAUAGUACCUUUUAUCUAUUAUCCAUGAAUAUACCUAAGGAGCUUAUAGUGAGGUGCCGUGGAAUGUCAGAUUGACACUAAGGAUCUAUUUUAUCUUCAUGGCUCUUAUCUGAAGACAUCCGUUCAGAUCCAGAAAGUCACUGCUGCUGCUGUUUGAUAGAUAGGCUGUUAAAGACGACAUUUCUUGGCAAAAUCUGUACUCAUGGAAACUUCCUUGGAUGCAGACAAUGGCGGAACAGCCUCCACUCCAGUGGGAUUGCAGCAGCUACGGGGCCCAUAGGCGUGGGGGCCAUAGCAAGGCAGAAUAGACUAGGAGUAGGGGUCCCUUCUGGGAAGGUAACAGUCUGGCGAAGUGAAGUGGCAGUUGUGCAUCUUUCUCUUGGAGCAAUAUACCACCUGAUUUCUUUCAUCUGAACAUCAGGCCCACCGUGUACGUACGCUGUGUGAUAACUUACAGUAUGAACAAUGGAUGUAAUUAUUUGCUCUGUUAAAUAAAUGGUAAAGAUGGAUGUCCACUUCACUUUUACUUUUCUAAAAAGUAGUAAAGCCAUUUAGGAAGUAUAUAAAGAAUAGAUUCCAAAAACCUCAUUUCAGUGAUAACGCGUUUCGCAGACCAACAGCUGCUUCCUCAGUCUGUGCGCGUUUGUUUUUCCAUCUCAGCAGAACAUCAAGUGGGCAGUAGCACUUUCUUGUUUCACCGAGUCCCCUUGCUGUAACUAGAAUCGGAAAGUGAGAAUUAUUGAUUGGGGCAUUAUGUCCGGCCUGACAUUAUUCUCAUCUUGCUCUUACAUUAAAUAAACGGAUAUGUCUCCGAGGAUAUUCACAUAAGCACUUUGCUUAGUAUUAUUAUACAAUCCUGGACAUGAAGCCUUAUUUUAAAGGGAUUGGAUCUCCCCACGGUGAAAAAAGUUGCCAGGCCACAAAGGGUAGAAUGAUUGGAUGUCAGCUGCAGAUCAUGUGAUCAGUUUACACCCAAUCAUGCACUCUUUGUCUUAGAACACUAAGACAGGUACUGUAUGCCACUUAUGACAUAGCGGCCACUUCAAGGUGGCGGCAGCAUACUGUCUCAGCGGACGCUCCAACAUGGUGGUAACCUAUCACUGGGCACCCCCCGCCAUGGACUGGGAUAUUUGCGACUAGGUUUUGAAAUGCUUGCCUGAAACAACCAUCAUUGUUAAGAGACCACAGAGAUUUAUCAACCUACAAAGAAAAGUAAUGGAGAUGUCUGUAGCCUCAAAUUAGGUUGUAUCUAUGAGUUUAUAGAACAGAGUAGAUUUACAGUAUCACUGUGGGAGGGGUAGAUGGAUCUGCAUUUACAUUUCCAGCAUAGAAUCGGAUACUGGGGUGGGGGGGGGGGAGGGGUUGCUAUACAUUCUGUAGCACAAAGUUUAAAUACCUAUAAAUGUGUACUUCCAGUACUCUGCAAUGCCUGGGAUGACUAUAUGUCAAAAAGCUAGUGAUACGUGACCAAUCCAACUGGAUCAAAAUUCAUUCAGUUGGGUUCUAGAAAAAUAAGAUUCCAUCUGGUUCUACCGCCACUACCACAAAGCCAUCAAACCUUGCCCUUUAGGGGCUAAUAAUUCAGACCUGAUCGCAGCAGCAACUUUGUUAGCAGUUGGGCAAAACCAUGUGCACUGCAGGGGAGGCAGAUAUAACAUGUGCAGAGAGAGUUAGAUUUGGGUGGGGUGUAUUCAAACUGAAAUCUAAAUUGCAGUGUAAAAAUUAAGCAGCCAGUAUUUACCCUGCACAGAAACAAAAUAACCCACCCAAAUCUAACUCUCUCUGCAAAUGUUAUAUCUGCCCCCCCUGCAGUGCACAUGGUUUUGCCCGUCUGCUAACAAAGUUGCAGCUACGAUCAGGUCUGAAUUAGGCCCGUAAUUCCUGGUUUGGAGUUCUUUUAAAGGUUAUUAAAAUAAUACUAAUUUUGCCUCUAAAUUUGAACGGUUACCAUUUUAUGGUAUUUCCUAACUGGUUGUUUUUUUUUGGUUUUUUUUAUUCAACAUAUGGAAAGGUUUAAAAAUACCAUACAAUGUGUCCAUUCAGCUAUUACAUGUUGGCUUGAACAUUGUUGAAUCUAUACGCCUUGGCUGAAUUUAAUUUGAAAUUACUUUGAAAUUCGGAGCAUCUCUAGUUUUCACCUGUGGAAAUAAGACCUUUGGGGCUGGGUGUAAUACCGUUUUUCUUAAAGCGGCAAUAGUUUACAAGGCAUGAUUUUGCUUGUAAAUGAUUGCCACUUAAAAAAACGCCGGCCAGGAACCCUCCCCUCCGGCCAACUCGGCACUUGGUCUGGUAAGGAGAGGAAAGCAAGUGACAAUAGAGCAAAUGCCAUAUGUCUGGAAAUACCGUUGUGGGCUAUUGACGAUUCUAUCCAGCCGCCACAGCGUUGGGGUUACUCUCUUUUUUACUUUGUGUUUUCCUUUUUUUGUUUGUGUGAAUUUAAUGUCAUCUCAGACUUUUUUGUAUUCUCCAACAUAAGUGAAUAAUCCCCAUAAAAUUGUACAUAAAACACUUUCUUUGAAACCUGAAUAUAUACAGUUACAAUGUAGUGUGUAUUUUAUUUAUUCUGCAGUUAGUGUUACGGGUGGAUUCACUCUUAUAACAAAAUGAAAAGCCUCUAUGUAAAAUAAAUUUUUAUUAUCUUACCAUUUUAAAUGCAAUCAUUAACUCAAAGUGUGCCCAUCUUUCCUUAUACAGGAGGCGGCCAUUUUGUCGGUUGAGUCUAUUAAUUCACAGGAACCAGUAACAUCGUAAAGUGUCACUAGUUCCCAGAGAAUUGAUAGUCUGUUAUUUCAGGCCGCACAAUGGCUGCACAUGCACUUUCGGACCAAAUUAAAAUUCCCUGUGGUGCGUCUGUUUAUGAUAUACUGUACCUAGAGGGAAAAGACUUAAUUCACUCUUUUAACACUUAUUUAAAAAUAAAUCUUAAGCUAUGUAUUGUAUAGGAGUUUAGGCAACUCCAGUGAGAUCUAAAAACCCCCAAAAUGGAAUCUUACCCUGUUGUAAAAGUGAAUUCACCUCUCCCGAAAUGGCCUGUAAUAUACAUCCAUAAAAUGUACAUAUGUUGUCUUAGUUGUAAUAUUUAAACCUUUGAUAUUCUUUUAAAAGGUCAUAAAUGUAAAACAUCACACUUAUUUUGCUUAUUGGCUUAUAAUUCUAACUCUGUAUUAUACUCUUAGACAAACUGCCAGUCUCGUACCAUAAACAAGUUUGCAUCUGAAUUGCCAAGACUGUAAUAAAAAAAAAUUGACUAAGUUUA